AUGGGAGCAUGGGGUGGCGGCAACCCCCUCGCCAAGACGGGCGCCGCGCUGCCGGCCAAGUCCGGUCUCGAGAUGAUCGACGUCAACGACCCCGACUACGCUAAGCUGAACGAAGAGCUCAACCUGAACGCCUCUCUGAUGGCUGGACCUCGCUUCGCGCCAACAAGAGGCAACGAGAUCACCAAGCUCCUGAUGGAGCACAUCCCUGAGGGCUGCUGCGGCAUCAACUUUGGCCCGCAUGAGCUGAGCAUCGUCUUCAAGCACCCGAACCAAGCGACCGAGGCGUGCCAGAAGGGCAUCGAGGCGUGCCAGAAGGGCAUCCAGUUUGGAAUGAUCACCAUCUAUCCCAAUGCGUGCCUGAGGGAAGUCGUGCUGAUGCUCUACAACGUCCCGAUGCACCACUCCAACGAAGCCAUUGCGGAUAUGCUCAACACCAAAACUGGACUCAAGUUCGAAAAGUGCCAUCGCUCCAUUGGCAAAGCGCCAAACGGCUGUCCUUUCGAAACGGGCACAAGGAUCUACUACGCUACGUUGACCAGCGACAUGAACGUCAAGCAGGUGAUUGACAAGGUCCCUGACUCCAUUCAAGUCACGUCUGCUAGUGGCUUCCCCCGUGACGUCCAAAUCCAAGUGAAAGGACAGCCCACCAAGUGCUUCCACUGCAAGCAACACCACAAGUACGCGACAUGCCCGACCCGCCGCACCCAGUACAACCGACAUGAAGUCAACGAAAAUGAAACGACCCGCCGGAACACCGACCAAGCUGAGACGGCAAACAACGACGAGUUCGUGCAGGUGGGCCCCAAGGGCAAAGCUGCCAAAGCACCCACCCAGCGCAACGUGUGGCCGAAGUCCGAUCUCACCAUGAGCGACGCUGGCCCCUCGAACGCCAGUGGCGACACGGACACCGAUAGCAACACGUCUAUGCUCAGUCCCGAGCAAAUGGCACAGGGUAUCGAGCAAAACAAUGCCGAGAUCCUGGCUGAGAUAGACACCAGCGUCACGGCCUCCAUGAGUUUUAACGACCUGUGCAAGUUCUUCGGCGUGUCAAAGUUCGAUGGCAAUGCCGACAACCUGGAUCGUUUUGUGAGAAAUUUUUCGAAUCGUUGCAAGAUGGUCUCACUGACUGAAAAGGACAAGGUUACCGUCCUCAUUACCUGCUUGUCGGACUCGGCACUGGAGUUCAUCAUGGACGAGCUGGACGACAAACCGGGUAGCACUUCGGACGAGCUGCUGGCCGCGCUCAAGAGAAAGUUCAGCGACGAAACGACUGGAGCGCGUGCGCGCCAGCUACUGGCCGACCUGCGCUACACGGCACGCAGCGUGAAGGAGGUGGUCGAGACGGUUGAGAGGCUGAGUCGCAUUCGCGGCAUCAACAUCACCGAGGACGGCAUCAAGCAGGACUUGCUCGCAGCCCUGCCGCCCGUCGUGUACGCCACCCAUGCCCUCGACUGGUCCUUGGAUGAGACGUUGGCGAGCAUCAAGGCCUCGAUCCUGUACUCGAUGCAAUUCGAGCCGAAGCGCAGAAACAACGGCAACAGGGUGAGCGACAACACCCCGCUUGACAGCAGCGACAACCGCGGUCACAACAACAGCAACAGCAACAACAGCAACAACAACAACAACGCCGGUCGCAAUGGUGGCAACUAUGCGACUUACAACAAUUCGGCCCGCGGCAACGGCAACGGUAACGGUAACCGCAACGGCAACGGCAACAGGGCAGCGCACAACAACAAGCCGGACCCGUCGCAGCGCUCGUCCUCUUCACCAAUCACUGACAAGGAGCGCGCGGAAUGCUUGGCGAAAGGCCUCUGCUACAAGUGCAGGGAGCCGGGUCACAUUGCCAGCAGGUGCCUCACGCGCUUCUCCAAGAAGCAGCUCGCUGCCGCCCUGUUCGCGCACUGGGCUGCCGACGACAACGACGACGACGACGACGACGAGCCGCAGCAGCAAGGCCAGCAGGGCCAAUCCCAGCAGGGAAAAGCCCAGCCCACCGCCAGGGCCAUCUGA